AUGACAUUGAAUUUGCGACCACUUUCAUCAGCCUUGCAACAAAAGGCCAUCGAAGAAUUAAAUGAGAAUCCCAAUAGAAUUGCUGAAGAUCUGCAAAUGUUUAGAGAAUGGAUAUUGAAACAACCUCAUAUCCGAUCACGUAUGGAUGAUCAAUUUUUAAUUGCAUUCUUACGCGGUUCGAAAUAUAGUUUGGAAAAGGCUAAAAAGAAAUUGGAUAGUUACUAUACAAUACGUACUAAUUUUCCGGAACUUUUUGAAUCCCUAGUUGAUGAACAGAGAGCAAGAGCUAUAUUGAGAAUGUGUCUUGGUGCCCAUUUACCUAUACCCUUGGGUGAGGGUGGACCACGUCUGGUUCUAAUGCGUCCUGGACAUUAUAAUCCCGAUUUAGCAUCGCUAUAUGAACUUAUGAAACUAGAUUUGCUAUUCAAAGAUUUAAUCAUCCUGGAAGAUGAUCAUGUUGUCGUUGGAGGUUAUGUCCAUUUAAUAGACUUUGCUGGAUUUUCCACCAAACAUGCUCUACAAUUUCAACCGGCUAAAAUGAAACAUCUUAUUUAUUAUACCGAAGAGGCAUUGCCCAUACGAACACGCGCUCAACAUUUAUUCAAUACUGGUACGGCUUUUGAAACCAUUUUUGGAAUGAUGAAACCUUUAUUGCCCGGGAAAGUUAAGGAAAGGAUAAUGGUCCACACCAGCAUGGAAUCCGUUUACCAACAAGUCCCUCUAAAAUAUUUCCCCAAAGAGUAUGGCGGUGAAAAUGGCAGCAUUGAAGAGAUAGCCGCAAUUGGUGAAGAUAUGCUAAUGAGAUAUCGUGAAUAUUUGGCCGAACAAAAAGAAUAUGGUACCGACGAAAAGCUAAGGCCAGGAAAUCCUAUAAAUUUUGAUGCCAUUUUUGGUGUUGAGGGGUCUUUUCGUAAAUUGGAAGUUGAUUAG